AAUUUGUUUAACGCUGACGAGAAAGCUGAGAUUUGUGAAAAAAUGCGUCAAGUGGAUCGUCAAAGGGAAAGAACAAUGCAAACUGAUGGAAGUCCAGUGGCUCUUUUUAAUUUAUUUGUUCAAUUGGCUCGUGAGCAAUUACACAUUGUGGUAGCGAUGUCAGCAAUUGGAGAUGGUUUUCGAAAUAGAAUCAGAAAAUUUCCUGCACUUGUCAAUUGUUGUACCAUCGAUUGGUUGCAGCCGUGGCCUGAAGAUGCUCUAUUGGCUGUUGCAACACGAUUUCUUGGGGAAGUAGAAUUAACAGAGCACGAGAGAAAAGCUGGAAUAGAUAUGUGUCAAUUUUUCCACAUUUCCACUCAAAAUUUAAGUCGAGAAUUUUUCAUACGUCUUGGACGACAAACUUACGUUACACCAACUUCUUAUUUGGAAAUGAUAAACACCUUUAAAGAUUUGCUGAAUAAGAAGAGAAGCGAAAUUCUCUUGGCCAAAGCGAGAUACGAAGGUGGUCUUGGAAGAUUAGACACAACACGACAAGAAGUUCACGAAAUGCAGGAAACAUUGAAACGACUUCAACCUCUUUUAGUUACAGCUGCGCAGGAUGUUCAAAAGAUUUUAGCCUCCGUUGAGAAAGAAAGUUCUGAAGUUGCAGAAAUAGAAAAAAUUGUUAAAAUCGACGAAGAAGCAGCUAUGGAAGUUGCUGGAAAAGCUGCAGAAAUAAAAGCUGAAUGUGAUGCAAAUUUAUCGGAAGCAUUGCCAAUUUUGUUGAAAGCACAAACCGCACUCAACACUCUAACUGUAACUGAUAUUGCUGUAGUCAAGGCAAUGAAAAGUCCUCCAGCUGGAGUGAAAUUAGUCAUGGAAAGUGUCUGUAUUCUUAAGGAAAUGAAGCCGGAAAGAGUACAACAGCCGGACGGAAGAAUGGGUGAUGAUUAUUGGAAGGUGUCAUUAAAAGUAUUAAGUGAUGUGAAAUUUUUGGAUUCAUUAAUAAAUUUUGACAAGGACAAUAUUCCAGAGAAUGUGAUGGAUAAAAUUCGCAAGCACUAUUUGACGAAUAUCAAUUUUGAUUCAGAUAAAAUAAAAACAGCGUCAACAGCUUGCGAAGGUCUGUGCAAAUGGGUUUAUGCAAUUUCUGAAUACGAUAAAGUUGCAAAAGUUGUUGCACCAAAGAAAAAAGCAUUGGCCGAAGCUGAAGCGGUUUAUAAUGAUGCUAUUGAAAAAUUGAAUAUUAAGAGAAAGCAGCUACAAUUAAUUCAGGAAAAACUUGGAGCAUUAGAGGAAAAGUUAUUAGCAAAAAAAGCCGAUUAUCAAGCAAUGACGGAUAAAGUUAGUGAUUGUGAGCUGAAAUUAAAACGAGCUGAGGAAUUAAUUGGCGGUUUAGGUGGAGAAUACAUUAGAUGGUCUGAUUCUGCUAAAGCAUUAGGAGAAAGAUAUCAUCGUCUAACGGGAGAUGUGAUUAUUGCCUCGGGUAUUGUCGCCUAUUUGGGACCAUUUACAAUGCCCUUUAGAAUUCAACAAAUUGAAAAUUGGAUUCAUCUAUGUAACAGUUUAAGCGUUAUUUGUUCUCGAGAUUUUCAGUUACGUGACAUAUUAGGCGAUCAAGUUUCGAUUAGAUCUUGGAACAUAGCCGGCUUACCGUCAGAUUCAUUUUCCAUUGACAACGGCAUCAUUGUCAAAAAUUCAAGACGAUGGCCACUUAUGAUUGAUCCUCAGAGCCAGGCUAAUAAAUGGAUUAAAAAUAUGGAGAAGCAAAAUAAUAUGAGUAUCAUUCGAUUGUCACAGGUCGAUUAUCCUCGAAUUCUCGAAAAUGCCAUUCAAUUUGGUCAACCAAUUUUAUUGGAAAAUGUUGGCGAUGAAUUGGAUGCAAUGUUAGAGCCAGUAUUGUUGAAAUUGACUUUCAAACAAGGUGGAGCCCUGUGCAUUAAACUUGGAGAAUCUAUUGUCGAGUACAAUACUGAUUUUAGACUAUAUAUUACGACAAAAAUGGGCAAUCCGCAUUACCUGCCUGAAAUUGCGGUUAAGGUGACACUCAUAAAUUUUGUGAUAACUCCAGAUGGAUUAGAGGAUCAACUACUCGGAAUCGUUGUAGCUAAAGAAAGACCUGACCUAGAAUCAGAAAAAAAUACCCUUAUCAUUCAAGGCGCUGCAAACAAAAAACUUUUAAAAGAAACCGAGGAUAAAAUAUUGGAAGUUCUGUCAGUGGCAGAGGGAAAUAUUCUCGAAGACGAGGAAGCAAUUAAUGUUUUGACUUCCUCGAAAGUAUUGAGCAACGAAAUCCAAGUCAAACAAGCGACGUCUGAAGUAACUGAGAAGUCGAUCGAUGCCACUAGAUUGCAGUAUAAACCAAUAGCAGUGCACUCAACUGUUCUCUUUUUUACCACCGCAAUUUUAUCAAAUAUAGAUCCAAUGUAUCAGUAUUCAUUGAUGUGGUUUGUGAAUCUUUUUAAAAUGUCAAUUGACAAUACAGAGCCACAGGAGAAUGUCGAAAUACGUUUAAAUGAUUUAACCAAGCACUUUACUUAUUCUCUCUACGUAAAUAUCUGCAGGUCGUUAUUUGAGAAAGACAAACUACUUUUUUCACUUUUACUCGCUGUGAAUCUUUUAAACAAUCAAGGGGGAAUUUUAAAAUCUCAGUGGAUGUUCCUAUUGACCGGAGGCGUUGCUCUUGAAAAUCCUCACGAGAAUCCAACAGACUGGCUUCCUGUUAAAAUGUGGAAUGAACUUUGCCGUCUCAAUCAAGUCGAAGGAUUUCAAAAUAUUCGUGAGGAAUUUACAAAAAAUAUAAAUGACUGGAGGGCAUUUUUUGACGCAAAAGAACCUCAAUUGUCAAUAAUUCCAAAACCUUUUCAUAAUCUAACGAAAUUUCAAAAACUUUUAAUUCUGAGAUGCAUUCGUCCUGAUAAAGUUAUUCCUGGUAUUCAAGACUUUGUUGAAGCUCAAAUGGGAACAAAAUUUGUGGAUCCACCUCCAUUUGACUUGACAGCUUCUUAUGCCGAUUCCAACUGUUGCAUUCCAUUGAUAUUUGUUCUAACUCCUGGAGCGGAUCCAGCACAAGUGCUUCUUAAAUUCGCUGACGAUCAGGGUUUCGGUGCAAAUAGAUUAUUCUCUCUCUCCUUAGGACAAGGACAAGGUCCAAUUGCAGUACAAUUAAUAAAUGACGGUGUGAAAUAUGGACAUUGGGUGGUAUUGCAAAAUUGUCAUCUUGCAAAAAGUUGGAUGGGAACAUUGGAGAAAAUUUGCGAAGGUCUAUUACCCGAUACAAUUCAUUCUGAUUUUCGUCUUUGGUUAACGAGUUAUCCAGCGGAACAUUUUCCCGUGUCAAUAUUACAAAAUGGAAUAAAAAUGACAAAUGAACCGCCAAAAGGCUUGAGAGCCAAUAUUAUUAGAUCAUAUUUAAGUGAUCCAAUAAGUGAUAUAGAAUUUUUUGAAUCAUGUAAUCAGAGUGAGACAUUUAAAAAACUUCUCUAUUCGUUGUGCUUUUUUCAUGCCAUUGUUCAAGAACGAAGAAAAUUUGGUCCCAUUGGAUGGAAUAAACCAUAUGAAUUUAAUGAAACUGAUUUACGCGUUAGUGUACUACAAUUGCAUAUUUUUCUUGAUCAAUAUAAUGAUGUUCAAUUUGAGGCAUUGAAAUAUUUGACCGGUGAAUGUAAUUACGGUGGUCGUGUCACUGACGAAUGGGAUCGAAGAACUCUUGUCACUAUUUUGGAAAAGUUCUACAAUGAAGAACUUUUGGAGGAAAAAAUGUAUAAUUUUGAUGAAACAUCCGAUAUUUACUAUUGUCCAAAUGCAAAAGAAUACGAGGUUUAUUUAGAGUAUAGUAAAAAGCUUCCGCUCAUCACGUCACCAAGUGUAUUUGGAAUGAAUGAAAAUGCUGACAUCAUCAAGGAUCAAAAUGAAACGGAACUUUUAUUCUCCUCUCUUUUACUCACUCAAGAUAUUUGGGACCUUAAGGAAACAUCAACUGGAACUGGAGAACUAUCAAGCGAUGAUAUUGUUUCUGGAGUAGCUACGGAUAUACUCAGUAAACUUCCGAGUGAUUACAAUUUAAUCGAUGCACUUGAAAAGUAUCCAACUUCUUACAAUCAAAGUAUGAAUACUGUGUUGGUUCAAGAAAUGGGAAGAUUCAACAAACUCUUGCAAUGCAUCAGGAUUAGUCUCAUAAAUUUAAAAAGAGCUAUUCGAGGUCUUAUUGUUAUGUCAUUCGAACUCGAAGAAGUAUUUGGAUCUAUAUUGACUGGAAAAAUUCCAACUCUCUGGAAGCAGAAUUCUUAUCCAUCUUUAAAACCCCUAGGAAGUUAUAUAAUCGAUUUUCUCGAACGUCUCAAAUUUCUUCAGUUAUGGUAUGAAAAUGGACCACCCGUAACAUUUUGGCUAUCGGGAUUUUUUUUCACUCAAGCUUUUUUAACUGGCGCACGACAAAAUUUUGCUCGAAAAUAUGGAAUUCCUAUUGACCUUUUGAUAUAUGAUUUUAAAAUAAUGAAAGAGAAAAAAUUUGAUAUUUCACCAGAGGAUGGAGUUUAUGUUUAUGGUUUAUUUUUGGAUGGCGCAAGAUUCAAUAUGGAAAAAAUGAUUGUCGACGAAAGUCUACCAAAAGUUUUGUACAAUACAGUACCAUAUCUUUGGCUUAUUCCUAUGAAAAAAGAUGAAAUUAAAGAGAGAAAAACAUACAAUUGUCCAGUUUAUAAAACUGGUGAAAGGAAAGGUGUUCUUUCUACAACGGGUCAUUCUACUAAUUUUGUUAUUGCAAUGAAACUUCCAACGGAAAAACCAGCAGAGCAUUGGAUUAUAAGGGGCGUUGCUAUGCUUUGUCAAUUGACACAGUAAAAAAAUGCAUAUUGUUUUGAAAUCAUAUUUUCAUUUAAAAUUCACGAAUGUAAGUAAAUAAC